AUGGUCCCUUUCCAAGAAAUCUUAAUGAAAAAAGCAUCAUUACCCAAGUUCAGCAGUGUCAAACUCGAGUCUUUCCUGUGCCAUCCUUACCCAUGGGCAUCAGACAGCUCCUUGGUGUGGGUCAACAUGAAUGCUCUGACUGUGAUUUCGGUGGCGAUCCUCGUGGCUAGCGGCAGCGCCUCCUUGCUUGCGUACAGCGGCGUAUAUGGAGGCCAUCACGGCCUUCUUGGCGCCUAUCCUUACGCAGGAUAUUCUGGUGUGGUGCCCUACGCAUACGCAGGUGGCCUUCCCGCAGCUGCUCCUCUCUCCCUCAAAACACCUGUAAUCAAGACCUUGGCUCCUACACCUAUCUCUUACAACGUAGCUCCUGCACCUGUAUCCUACAACGUGGCACCUGCACCUGUUUCCUACAACGUAGUUCCCUUCGCACCUGUAGCACCUGUCCAGUCUCAGUAUCACGCUCAGGAUGAGAUCGGUCAGUACUCCUUCGGUUACGCCGGCGGUCCUUCUUCACGCGCUGAGUCUCGCGAUGCCUUCGGUGUUGUCCGUGGAUCGUACAACUACGUGGACUCUGAGGGCAAGGUUCAGACUCAGCACUACGUGGCUGACGCCCUUGGCUUCCGUGCGUCCGGCACCAACCUUCCUGUGGCUCCUGACGCCCCUCUGGCCGCCCUCCCGGCCCCGUCCCCGAACCCGUCCAGGACACUGCUGAGGCCUACAACGAAGCCGCCGCGCCGCCGCUGCCGCCCCAGACACCCGCUAAAGAGUGUUUUAGAAACUGCAUCAUAUCUGUGCGUAGAGCUCUCGCCAGCAGAUAACAUCAAGACUCUAGUCAGUUUCGAUCGAGAGUUGACGAACGUGUAUGAGAUACCUCUGAAUAAAAGUUUCUUUCCAAGAAAUCUUAAUGAAACAAAGCAUCAUUACCCAAGUUCAGCAGUGUCAAACUCGAGUCUUUCCUGUGUCAUGAAAGGCCGGGGUUACCAUCAACUGGCGGGCGCGGGAUUAGAACGCAGGUCAAGAUUGCUGGACGAGAAAAUACCACUGCACUACACAGAGUAG